GAUGAAGUAAACCUUUUACUUUGUUCUCUGCUUAAACCCUAACCCUCGACGUGCUCCCUCAUUCGCCGAACAGAUGGGGAGGUCCAGAAGGAAAUACAAGCGAGCGAGAACUAAGGUGCGAGUCGGAUUGCCAAAGAAAAAUCCUCAUUUAUUCAAGCCGGCGUUUAACUUGCCGCCGAAGCUCCGGUCACUGCUGGAUCCUCUCUCGCAGUGGGACGCAGAGGGCAGCGUUAUUGCAAAUUACAAGUCCUUCGGCUUUCUCUCAAAUCCAAACAUGCUUGGCGUGCGCUCCCGCACCUCCCACAUCGUCGAAAGCGAGUCUCUUCAGGUCCCGCCGCCCUUGUCCUCCGACGGCCCUGAAUCGGAUGCCGAGUUUCAGCCGAUUGAUUCCGGCAGCGAUCUAGAGGAAGAUGAUCUGAAGUCGGCACUUGGGAAGAAGCGGAGGGAUGGACGAAGUGCACCUCCUCAACCACUAACCGCCAUUCAACGGGUUUAUAUCCAAAGACUUGUUGAUGAAUAUGGGGACAAUUACCAGAGAAUGUUCAUGGACACAAAACUAAACAAGAUGCAGCACUCAGUAGCAACACUGGAGAAUCUGUGCAAAAGAUAUCAGUUGUACCGUGAUAAAAACCCCUUGAUUGUGGGUGCUUAGAGAACAAUCAAAUUUUUUGUACGUUAAACAGGACGAGUUUAUUUAUGCAUGUAAUGCUACAAUUUUGCCUUUUUCUGUGUGUGCUCAAGAUUAUAAUUUUUAGCUUUUAGUAUACUCUAGUACUCUGGUGAUAGCAAUUGACAAGUAAAAUUGAGACACUUUAAUUAAUUACCGUGAGGCUGUCCUCAUCGCUGUCUUCGCCGAUCGUGAGACUGUCCUCGUCGCUGUCUUGCCAUCAGAUGCUGCUGCAAGGCACUUUGCCUUAUGAUCCAUUUUAUACAAAGACGUUUUCCAAGUUUUUUGGAGGAAAGACUCAUGUUAUUAAUGUUUUUAGAGAUAAUGGGGAAAAUAAUUUACUCUUGCACUUCCAUCGAACUAGA